AUGGCAGUGUCUCCUGGCCUGCUCAACGUCUCAAUCACCUGCGUUUUCGUUCAAGCUUAUCACGUACAGAUGGCCGCAACACAUGCCGAAAUCUCACCCCAAAGUGGCCAUCGGUGCCCAGCCUCCUGCGUUUUCGUUCAAGUUUAUGACAUUAUGCCUCGGCGAACGCCGAUCGCUCUGGAGCGCGGGAGAGAUAGGGAUGACUUGGAGGAUCUCCCUUCUCUCCCAUCGGUGUUGCUUUGCCAUUCAACUUUGAACUGGUGGCUUCAAGCCAGAGGGGCACUCUUUCGGACUCCUCAGUGCCGAACUCCCGUCACUUCGAUCGUUCAGGGGAUGAGAAGCUGGUUAGUCGGACUGACGCAAGUCUCUUCAUUUAACCUGCUUCUUCUUGUCUGGGAGGUCGAACUGACGGGAGUUUCUGGGAGCACUGAGGACCAUGUUCCUCGGUGCCUGUGCUGGGAAGCUGAUGCCAGCGGGGUAAAGGAUAAGCAUACCAUGGAUGAUGAAUCAAAUUAUCUCUAUUAUGGGUUCUUGCAGCAUAUGAUAGUUGGAACAUGGAUACAGUUGAAAUUGCUGGAGACUUAA